ACAGCCUAUAUGUCUCACGCCGACCGUUCACCGGUUUAAACUACAUUCGGGACGCACUAGAUCAGGUCGACCGAUGUGCUUUUUUAAUGUGUUUUGUUGUUGUUAUUUUACUUUAUUUUUAGUUGGCCGAUAACUGUAGUAGGCAUUUACUCUACGAUCGUACUACGCGGAACUUACACCAGUUGAACGCAUCGACGGGUUUUCACUACUACGGUGGUUUUUAUUUUUAUUUUAUUUUAUUAUUUAUAUUAUUAUUAUUUAUUUUAAGUUUUCUUUUAUACUUUUAUUUUUGUUUUUUUGUUUUUAUUUGUUUCUUACAUUGAAAAGUGACACCAAAAAGUGCCAUCCGGAUUUUAUACCAGCCUAUAAAGAGAUUUGAGCGGUAUAAAUGAGGCGAAGGUACGAUCCGAGGACUAGCGAUCCGGCAACACAGCACAAGGACAUCGUCGUUGUCACCACAUCACCGGACGGUAUGACCGGACCUGGGCAAUAGGAACAGUAUCACACGAAACGGAAAUAUUGUGCCGCUUAACCACAGCUGUUUGGAUCGUUUUCCGGAGUGAACACGACAGGGGACAAAUGGUUUAGAAUUUAACACGUAGCACAACGUUCCCCAUACAGGCUCCAUCCCAUCCCUAAUAGUACCACUACAUACAUACACACAAACAUACAGACAUAAUCUUAUAUACAUAAUAUAAAUACGCUCCUCGAUAUCUCCAAAUUCAUUCAAUCUUAUUCUUCCAAACUUUACACCCAUAAAAAACUUUGCAACGUACAUUUCCCCAUCAAACAAAUUGCUUAAAUAUAUAUUUUUGGCACAAAAUUAAGUUAAAAAUAUAUUUGAAAGACAAAAAUUUAAACAUUGAAAUUCUAAACAAAUUUACAAAAAUUAAUUACUAUAAGUAAAUAAAUAAAUUUAAACAAAUAUUUUAUUAUUGUUCAAUUACAUGAAUGACUAUUUUCGGAACUUUUAUACAAUAAGAAAAUUAUCAGAAAUACAUUAUACAACAUUUUAUAAAUUUUUAACUUUAUUAAUAUUACCCUUUCGAAUGUUCCUGAAUAUUGUGUGAUAUAAGAAAGAAGUAUUUAUAUUAAAUUGAUGUGAUAUUAUUUUUAUACGCAUUGUGUCUUGAAAAACGUUCAGUAGAAAGAUAAAUAUUAUAAUAUACUGGUACCUAGUUCCUUAUUUUAUCCUUCUCCUAUAGGUUAUAUGUCCUUAUAAAUUAUACGAACAAACAAGCCAACCGCGGAAUUCCAAACAAUAUUUAAUCCGAUCGAUUUGAAAGAAAAAUUUCCUUUUUCUCUUUCCGUAAUCGUGUAAUUAUACAGAUCGAGUGAAUUGCUUCCGGACGAAUUUUACGCGCGUCAUGUACGGCCAAUAUUGCUACUACGGCUGUCACUACUACUGCCACCACUGUGUCUGAUCAUCGUUUGGACACGUGAGCGAAUAGAGAGAAAAAAAAUAUCAUCAAAUUGUUUCGCAUCAGUCAAGACGAUCUCUUCGGUCCCGCUGGAUCUUCGCGCCUCGCCCGGCCACGAACACCUGCAGGGCGACGACGACAACGAAAUGUCGGCGGAUAUACAGCAGCAACAGCAGUCUGUGUUGUUGCAACGGCCGGUGUUCAAGAUGAACCCGGCCGCGGAUUUUUGGCAGCAACAGCGGCAACAGUACCAACAGCAACAGCAACUCCAGCAGCAGCAGCAGCAACAACAACAACAGCAGCAGCAGCAGCAGCAACAGCAACAACAACAACAGCAGCAACAGCAACAGCAGCGGGCGGUUGAUUCUUCGCCGUCACCACAACCUCAGGCGGCGCCACCGCCGCCCACGCUGCAAGUCAACCAUGACCAGCAGCAAGUUCCAUCGUCCAUCGUGGUAGUCGGACAACAACAGCAGCAGACGCCGAACAACGUACAGGUGACGGCUGACGAGGCGAUCGCCAUGGUCGCUCAACAAGUCGCACAACACCAACAACGGCAACAACAACAACAACAACAACAACAAACGCAAAACGUCGAGAUGACCGAUGACACGGACGUUAUAGUCGGACAACCGUCACCGGCGGCUAUCCGCGCAGCCGUCCAGCAACAGCAGCAGCAGGACUCUUCGGCAGCCGCAGGAUUGGCCGGACAACCAACGGCCGCCGGCGACCCGACCGUAUCCGUCGUCAUCAACCAGAACAAUGCUUUGGUACUGAGCGACCCAAAAAUGAUGACCGAAAAAUUGGUCAGCGAACUACAGAACCGAUCGAUAUCAGACCGCACUCUUGAAGAAUGCUGGUCCACUCUUCAGCGAGUCAGCUGGAACGUCUUUCGUUCAAUAUUCAUGCAAAAGUCGGCGGCCAUGCAGAUGCAGGCUCGCGACUUCGGCCGGCCAGGCAGCAUCGGUGGUAGUUCGUUAAGUGGCAGCGGCCUGGAAGUGAGCAAACCACACCAAUGCCAGCAAUGUCUCAAGUCGUUCAGCUCCAACCACCAGCUGGUCCAACACAUUCGCGUCCACACCGGCGAGAAGCCGUACAAGUGUUCCUACUGCGAGCGCCGGUUCAAACAGCUCAGCCACGUCCAACAGCACACCAGACUGCAUACAGGAGAACGACCUUACAGAUGCCACUUGGCCGAGUGCGGACGAGCUUUCAUACAGCUGUCCAAUCUGCAGCAACAUCUCCGCAACCACGAUGCCCAAGUGGAGAGGGCCAAAAACCGGCCGUUCCACUGCACCAUCUGCGGCAAAGGUUUCGCCACCGAGUCCAGUCUGCGCACCCACACGGCUAAGGAACAUUUUUUUUAUUUUCAGGAAGCUGAACUUCGCAUGGAUGUGCUCCAGCAGCACGCUGCCUUGAUGGGCGGUGCGAGCACUACGUCUUGUCCGCUGUGCCAUAAAUUGUUCCUAGGUAGCGAGUCGCUGGUCGAACAUAUGAAAGUCCACCACAACGAUCCGACCACCGUUUCGCAGGCCGUCGUACCAAGUUACUCGGAUAUUAGUACUAGUCCGUACAUGGCCAAACGUCGAACGGCCAACCAUCCCUGCCCGGUUUGUGGUAAACACUACGUGAAUGAGGGAAGUCUGCGCAAACAUUUGGCUUGCCACCCGGAAACAGCUCAGUACGCCCAACUCAGGAUGUGGCCGUGUUCUGUUUGUCAAGCCGUAUUCACCCACGAAUCAGGCCUGCUAACACACAUGGAACACAUGCGUAUGGAUCCCAAGCAUCAGUUUGCCGCGCAGUACGUUCUGAGCAGAGCGGCUGCUGAACGCAGAGAACGAGAAAACUUCCUGGCCGCCGUGACGGCCACCAACAGCAUGGGUGGCCCCGCCUCACCUCAUUCUGUUCACUCAGAUUCGUCAUCAUCGAACAACGGCGAAGUGGACGGUCCCAGUGGAGCUGGUUCUACAGGUUCAGUUGGCACUGGCACCAAUAACUCUGUGGUUGCUGUGGUGGCCGCGGCCGCAGCGGCGGCUGCAGCAGGCGGUAACGUCGUUGUUCCCACGGGUGGCCGGCUAUCCGUCUCACCAGCCGAUAACCAAAUUCCGUUAGUGUUGCAUCACAACAACAACAACACGACGACAAACAACAACAAUAAUAACAACAACAAUCCUACGGCGAUAAAGUUAGCCGAGCUAAUGGCCGCUAGAACUGGAGGCAUGAUUAGUGGUAACGGAGGUCACCAAUACAUGAACCAGCAACCUCAGUAUAACGCCAAUGACCUUCAGAGGGCUGCUGCAUUAUUCAUGAGCCAGCAGCAAGCACAUGCAGCAGUUUCGCAGGUUCAACAGCAACAGCAGCAACAACAACAGCAACAACAGCAGCAGCAGCAGCAGCAGCAACAACAACAGCAACAGCAGCAACAGCAACUUCAGCAACUUCAGCAGAACCCACCAUCGCCGUCACGCUCACCGCGAUCUGCACCUCCAACCCCGGCGUCCGUAGUGCAAGCGGCCGCGGCCAAUCUCGCCGCUGCAGCCAUGCGUAUCACCCAGUCGAAUGCCAUGCACCAAAACCAAUUGGUCACCACUUCCAGUGGUUCCGGUUCGAACUCGUCAGUAAACUCAAUGCAAUCGGCAGUCCAGAUGGCCAUGAACGCAGCCGUCCGGGCUUCCAUGUCGUCCAUGGUCGACGGCCUCGGGGGUGGACACCACCAGCAGUCCGGUCACCAGUCUAUGCUCCACCACCACCAACAGUCCAACCACGAGCAAAGCUCGCCGACGUUACGUAUGCAGGAGGCCAUACUUAGGUCUCAGGCAGAGGCGGCGCUCAGGUUGGCCGUCUCGCAAGCCGUGGCCGCGUCGUCAGGCCAGCAACAGGUACCUGAACAGAACCGGCAGUCGUCGGUGCAGCAACAGAACUCGCAUCAGCCCCAGCAAAACGUGGCAAUCAACUACAACGCCAUGGCACAGGGACAGCUGAUGAACGGACAGAACCCUUACCACCACCAAGGCCAAGUGUCACCAGACCUGUCCGAGGCGCUCAGGCUCCAGGAACAACGGCUCGAACAGGCACUUAGGCUACAUGGUGGUGACCCAAGAGCUUUGGGCUUCACUUUCGGUAACUCCCAACAGGGUCAUAUCAACCCAUGAGAGUUUAGUUACUAUUAACGACGAGGUCAUCUAAACCCUUCCCCUCGCCCAUCCCCUCACAAACUACCCCGUCCACCAUCACCAGCCACUGACCUACUAUUAUAUUAUUAUGCCACUGUCGUCAUCCACCACCACCACCACUACCACAUCCAUCUCCUAAAGCUCAACGGCGGACCUGCUGCAGCGCGCGCACAUGAUUAUUUAUUAUAAUUGUAAUUAGUAAUUACCUACGAUAUUUAUUAAUUAUUAUAACUAUACUAUUAUAUUAAUUUCUAGGCAUAUACUUUACUUAAUAUUAUUAUUACCAUAAGAAUAAUAAUUUUAUUUUUACCAAAACAAUAAUUGUCCCACAGAAAGACAUGUCGUCAUCGUCGAUCGUGUCAUGAGUACCUACCUACGUCGAUGACGACUUGUGUCAAAUUUGUAAAUAGUUGUACAUAUACUUAUUAAUAUGUAAUUGCGAUUUUAAAGAUUAACUGAUUUUUAAAAACGUCGUUUAGCAAAUUUUUUUUGUACAGUUAUGUAUAAUAUUUGUGGUUUUUUACGUGAGUUGUAUAAAAACAAAUUACAUUUAAAUCGAUAAAUCCAAUUUAUAAGGAUCUCUCAGCGAGAGAUUCCAAUAACGUAUAAUAUAAAGCAACAUUUAGGUUCCGAAAAUAUUAUUAUUUACUUAUAAACAUUCAAAUAAUUUGUUCUGUUAAUUUGUAUUUAU